AUGGAAUUCGUUCCAAUGUUAUGGAGUACAAAUAAAGGUCACGAUGGGAAUGUGUUCUUGAGCCAGGCGAAAAGUGCAAAGGUUGUACUCGGUUUCAAUGAACCCGAGCGUGCUGAUCAAGCAAGCAUGGAUCCGGCAUGGGCAGCACGUGCUUGGAUGCAAUAUAUCGAACCUUUGAGAGCUCAAGGUACAAGACUCGGUUCCCCAGCGAUCGCAUCCACCGAUGAAGGGUUAAAUUGGAUGCAACGAUUUCUUAGUGAAUUAGAUAGAGUCGGCGGGCGAAUUGACUUCCUUGCUUUGCACUGGUACGGUCGAGGCGCGAAUAACUUCAUCAAUUGGAUUACCAAGGCUCGUCAACGUUUUGGUGAUAGAUAUCCUGUUUGGGUCACAGAAUUUGCCUGUACAUCUUGGAAUCCGAGUCAACCAGUUUCUCAACAGGAAGUUAACGAAUUUAUGAGACAGAGUAUCGCAACACUUGACUCAUUAAUUUGGGUAGAACGGUACGCAUGGUUCGGUGCACAACGUCAACUAGAUGCAGCACUUGGGUCGACCAAUUGUUUGAUUGCAUCCAACGGACAGCUGUCUGAAUUAGGCAAAACAUAUGUUUAUGGCUUUUAA